AUGGCGCGUGGAGGACCGUCUGCCUCUGCUUGCCUUUUUCCCAUUCGUAGCCAUGGCCGAGGCGACAAGGACAAGUGUGCGCUCCACGCAAGACAGAUUGGCUCUCAGACGUUACAAGAGGUGACUGAGUACUGUGAACGAAACACUCUGAGGAUUGAUCACUUCCUGAUGGUUGUCUGGGCGGUUAUCCUACAACAGUUCACAGAAAAUAGAACAAUCCAUAUGGGCCUCCAACAGGUCACGCUGUUGGACUCGGCUUGCUCGUCAGGAAUGGGCAUGAAGAGCCGGAUGAGGACAGUCUCAAGGUCAUUCAGCCAAGCUACCUCGCUGAGCGAGUUGCUGCAGGCUGACCUCUGGACGACAACUGCAGUGGAGGCUGCGUCUUUCAACACGGGUUUGGUCAUUUGCUCGCCUUGUUCGACCUCGAUGUCCAAAAGCAUUCCCAGUAUAGGAACGACGACUUCUCAAUCAGACAGUACGUGCGAUGUGCUCCUUACGUUGCAUAUGGGCUCUGGGAAGGAGUUACCGACAUUAUGGCUUUUGCACAGGACGAGCAUCCUUUGCGAUGAUUCCGCACAGUAUCUUGCGGACUCGAUAAUCCACAUAAUCAAGUGCAUGACCCAGGGAGACGCGCUCGAUAGCAGUCGACUAUCUACCUUGAGUGCAACACAACGGGCCAAGAUCUACGAAUGGAACAGGAACAAGGCCGGCGGUCUCUCCUCGAAGGAUUCGUUGUACCACGCCAUUCACCAAACAUCUCUACAAGACCCAGAUAACCCCGCGAUCUGUUCGUGGGAUGGCGACCUCACUUAUUCGCAGUUGAUGGAUGUCUCCCGCCGGUGGGCAUUCAAGCUACGGGAGCUGGGAGCUGGGCCCGGUGUAAUGAUUCCGGUGUGUUUCGAGAAAUCGCUGUGGCCCAUCGUCGCCAUGUUGGCCAUUAACCAAGUCGGCGCGGCGUUUGUGCCUCUCGACCCCUCUCAUCCACCGGAUCACCUGAAGGCCAUUCUUAAAGUGUUGAACCCUAAGAUCACGCUCGCGUCUUCCUUGCAACACGAGCUUCUGGGAGAUAGCUUGCCCUGCAGCUGGCGGGUAAGCGAAUCGUCCACGGCAGACCUCCCAGACUACGGCACCGAGCCGUUUCUCUCAGAGCCGUCUGACUAUGCUGGGCCGGCAUAUUGUCUCUUCACCUCGGGAAGCACCGGCACUCCCAAGGGGUGCGUGGUGCAUCAUGCCGCGCUGGCCAGUGUCGCUAAUCAGACGGCAGCUCUGCAGCUGGACCGGUCCAGCCGCGUCCUCCAAUUUGCAUCAUUCAGCUUUGGCGUCUCGCUGAUUGAAAUAUGGUGUAGCCUGUGUGCGGGCGCCACGGUAUGCAUCCCGUCGGAUGCGGAUCGUCUGAAUCGGCUGCCCACCAUGAUCGCCACGAUGCAGGUCAACUGGGCAAUCUUGACGCCCACCAUACUUGACCUGCUCCCGCCAGAAGCCGUCCCUAGUCUGCAGACUAUCGUGGUGGCCGGUGAGCCCCUGAAGGAGUCGCAAAAGUCUCUCUGGGCCGGUAGGACUCGGCUGUUUCAGGGCUACGGGUUGACCGAGUGGGCCGGUAUCUUCAGCGUAUCGCCCCAGAUUCACGCCGAGGAUAAAGUGAGCAGCAUCGGGAUGCCACAGCACGGUUCGUGCUGGCUUGUCGACCCGCACGACCCCGAUCAACUCGUGGGGAUCGGCGUGGUGGGAGAACUCGUCAUCCAAGGCCCGAGUCUCGCACAGGGCUAUCUGCAGGAUCCUCAUAAGACCGCUAUAAGCUUCAUGGUCGAUCCCAGGUGGGCCCCGAAGGAAGCGAGUACCAAACACCAGAGGCAGAGGUUUUAUAGGACUGGAGACCUUGCCUUCUUCCAUUGCGACGGAUCGCUUCAGUAUGUCGGCCGCAAGGACCUACAGCUCAAGAUCCGGGGCCAGCGGAUCACGUUGAGCGUGAUCGAGCAUCACCUGGCGCAUGGGAGUCCGGCUCUCCGUGGGGCCGUGGUGGAUGCCAUAACCCUUGCGGACGAAGACCAGCUCCGCCUCGCUGUCUUUGUCCCGAAUGAGCAAAAGCCAGUCGAAGCUCCUGGGCUUAAAGACAAGGGGCAAAAACGGACGAUUUUCGCCGUGCCUGAUCAGGCGUUCACGUCCAAGGCGGAUGCUGCCAAGAGGAGACUCCAAGGUCAACUGCCCCGGUAUAUGGUUCCUGAUAUCUUCCUCUGUGUGAACCAGCUCCCCGUCACGGUCACCGGUAAAAUAGCCAGGAGACAGCUGCGUGAUCAGGUGGGAAUUCUGCGGAGUGGGGAGUUGGCAGCCUUGACCGGACUGGGCAACGCAGCCAGCCAUACUGAACCCAGCACACCGCACGAGCGUCUGAUACAUGGCCUGAUUACAGAGCUGCUCAAACUGCCGCCGCACGCCGUCGGCAUGGGACACAAUUUCUUCGCGCUCGGGGGCGAUUCCGUCCAGGCGAUGAAAGUGGUUGGCUUGGCCCGGCAGCGCGGGUUGGCUCUCACUGUCAAGGACAUCUUCGAUGCUCCAGACCUGCGAACGCUGGCCCAAAAGGCUAAGGCCUCGUUGCAAUUGAACUCUCGCGAUCAUGCAACCCCUCCAUUUUCGUUGUUACGGGCAGAGGCCAGACAGACGAUAGUCCAGGCAGCGUCGGAUCUAUGCCAUGUUCCUUUGCAGCAGAUCGAGGAUAUCUAUCCAUGCACGCCGCUGCAGGAGGGCAUGAUGGCGCUAGGGGGAAGCAGGCCAGGGACAUAUGUCGCGCGAUUCAUCUGUCAGAUUGACAGACAGGUCGAUCUUAGCCGUCUUCGCUCCUCUUGGGCCACUGUCGUGGCCGCCAACCCGAUCUUGCGCACGCGAAUAAUCCAGGUGGAGGGAAAUUGCAUGCACCAGGUGGUGCUGAAGGAAGAGUUUAAGUGGGAUGCGGAUGACGAGUGGCAAUCCUAUCUUGACAACGACCGCUACACGUCCAUGACGCUGGGAGAUCCGCUGGUCCGCGGCGCUGUGCUCCGGGGCCGAGAGGAUCCUAGGACCAUGUUCCUGGUCCUAACAAUGCAUCACUCUGUGUGUGAUCGCUGGGCAGUUGGUCUAUGGCUCAAACAGCUUCACGCUGUGUAUCAGGGAGAGUCUCCCCGAAAGCAUUCCUUUGCCGCUUUUGUGAAGUACAUCAGGGAGGCUCAGGGGAGCAAGAGCCAAAGCUACUGGGAAAACCAAUUCGCCGGCCUGGAAGCAGAGACCUUUCCUCCCUUGCCGUCUCAAGACUACAGGCCAUGCCCAUCGGAGUCGCUCCAGCUUCAAGUGACAGGAGAUGCACCCACCGGCGCGACGAUGUCGAGUUUCAUCCGACUCGCCUGGGCCCUUGUUAUCAGCCAGUACACUGCAGCGAAUGAUACAGUAUUUGGUGUGACGGUUACUGGACGGAAUGCACCUGUCGACGAUGUGGAAAAUCUACCUGCGCCCACGAUCAGUACGCUUCCAUUUCGAGUCCAAAUCGAUCCGGACCGCACGGUUAAGGACGCGGUGGCUGCUAUCCAGCAGCAGUCCAGCGAGAUGAUUCCGUUCGAGCAGGCCGGCCUGCAAAACAUCAGGAAAUAUAGCCGGGAGGCCCAAGACGCCUGCGGCUUCCAGACUCAUCUUGUCGUUCAACCAGCGUGGCAGGAUGACGAUCGAUCAGAAUCAUUCCUCCAUCUGAUCGAAGACGGCGCCUCCGUGCAGCGAGGGUUUGCUUCAUAUGCCAUCGUUCUUCUCUGCAGUCUCACUAAAACUGCGGAUAUCAAUAUCACAAGCGAGUUCGACCCAGAUGUCAUCCCGCCGAGCAUCAUGCAGCAUAUUCUCGGUCACUUUGGGAAUGUCCUCCAAUAUAUCCUCGCUCAUCCGCAUAGCAAGCUUCUGGAUGUUCCAAUUAGCGACUUCGACGCGGCGAGAUUGAGGGAGUGGUGUAGUGUCGUACCGCAGAGUCAGCCGGAAUGCGUCCACGAAGUCAUACGGCAGCGCAUUAUUGAGUCGCCGAACGCGUGUGCGGUCCAUGCAUGGGACGGCAGCCUGUCUUAUGCUCAACUAGAUGGAAUGUCCACCCGGCUCUCUAUUUGGCUUGCGCUUCAAGGGGUUGGGCCAGAGAUCUUUGUUCCUCUCUGCUUUGAAAAGUCCCGGUGGACGAUCGUUGCUCUCUUAGCAGUCAUGAAGGCCGGCGCGGCGUUUGUCCUUCUCGAUCCGUCGCAGCCACUUCAGCGUCUGAGGGAUAUUUGCGAGCAGACCAAUUCCCCGGUCAUCCUGGCGUCGGAGCAGAAUGCGGAUCUCGCGGCGCGCCUGCAACUGACGGUCCGGGUCGUCAGUCAAACAACCCUGCAUCAACUGCCCGCCUGCCUGGAGAACCAGCGAGGCCCUGUUGUCCAUCCCAGCACGGCUCUCUACGUGGUUUUCACAUCCGGCUCAACUGGCACCCCCAAGGGUGUCGUCGUGGAACACCAGUCCUACUGCGCCGGGGCCAAGUUCCAUAUCCACGGGCAUCGGAUGUCUUCACAGUCCCGUAUGUUUCAAUUCGCCUCGUACGCCUUUGAUACCAGCAUUAUCGAAAUGCUAAGCACGCUUAUGGCCGGCGCCUGUAUCUGCGUGCCCUCGGAACAUGAUCGCCAGAACGACCUGGCCCGAGUGGUUGAGGAGAUGGCCGUCACUCACGGGUUCCUGACACCCUCAGUGGCCCGCGCUCUGGCUCGGACACACGCACAUCCGUUCGAGGUCGUCAUCCUAGUCGGUGAGCCGAUGACGGCGUCGGACAUCGCAUACUGGACACAACACGCGCGGCUGAUGAACGAGUACGGGCCGGCCGAGUGCUCUGUUUGCGCCACCCUCAACCCGGAGGUGGGCCAAUGCUCCGAUCCCCGCGAUAUAGGGAAGGGGAUGGGCGCCAUCUGCUGGAUUGUUGACCCGGAGGACCAUGACCAUUUACGACCCAUCGGAGCUACGGGCGAGCUUCUGAUCGAAGGGCCCAUCGUCAGCCGUGGCUAUCUGGGGAAUACCAUGUUGACCGCGGAGAAGUUCCUUGCUGAACCCCCUGCGUGGCUACGGGAAAUCCGCCGGGACGGUCCGCGGACUCGGGUCUACAAGACGGGAGAUCUGGUGCGGUAUAAUCCCGAUGGCUCGCUGCACUAUGUCGGCAGGAAGGACACGCAGGUUAAACUGAGGGGCCAGCGUGUUGAACUGGGCGAGGUGGAAAACGGCGUCCGCUGCUGCAUGCCGGGGAUUGUGGAUGUCGUGGCGGAGACGUUCGUUCCCCGGGGAGGGGCACAGGGCCAGCCGUGUCUCGUGGCCUUUAUUUGGAGUGAAGAUCCAUGUCAAAUCCCCAGUGGAGACAGUGAUGACGGUCCGUUGGCCUCGGUCACAGACGCAUUCCACGGUCAGGUCGCCGCGUGUCUGGAGGACCUGGACAAGUUCCUACCCCGGUACAUGAUCCCGGAUGUUUUCAUCCCGUUGCGGCGGAUCCCAACCAAUGUCUCCGGAAAGGCGAACCGGUGCUUCCUGCGUGAGCUUGCUGGGAAGUUGUCCUGGGCCGAGCUAGCCGCAUACCAGCCGAAAGUAGAGGAUCGGCAGACGCCCAUGAGCGAUGCAGAACGGACAAUGCGUGAGGUCUGGGCCCAGGUUCUGAACGUAGCACCAGAGGAAAUUGGGGUCAAUGACAGCUUUUACCAUCUGCGAGGAGACUCGAUCAGCGCAAUGCAGGUCGUGGCUCUGUCCCGGUCCAGGGGGCUGUUUACCUCGGUCCAGCACAUCCUACGCCAUCGAAGCAUCGCGAGGAUCAUCCAGCAUGUUCAGAAGCUGAGCACGCGAGAAAUAGAGGAGGCAGAAGAAGUGCCAGGGGUUUCUUUUGGCUUGUCACCCAUCCAGAGAAUGUUCUUUGAUAUCCAGGCCGAUCCGCGUCAGCAGUACAAUCAAUCUUUUCUUCUGCGUCUGUCCUCCGCCAUCGAGAUGAGAGACAUUGAACGAGCUGCUCGGGCGGUGCUCAAGAGACAUUCGAUGCUGCGGGCGCGCUUUAAGCAGCAACCGGACGGACAAUGGGGCCAAAUGAUCACCGAUACGAUCGACGGCUCAUAUCGUUGCACAAUGCAUACCCUGUCCAAGCGCGACGGAUGGGAUUAUAUCCUCGCGAGGGCCCAGCAAGCUAUCAAUAUCGAGACGGGACCCGUUUUCUCUCUCGAUUUGCUACGUGCCGCGUCCGACGGCCAGUAUCUCUUUCUCGUUGCACAUCAUCUAGUGACGGAUCUAGUGUCCUGGCGCAUCAUCCUCUCUGAUCUGGAGGCAUUUUUGGGGGAUCCGACAGCGACAGGGGCAGUCAACAAACCUCAGCCACUCUCAUUCCAGGUGUGGUGUCGGCUACAGGAGCAGUACAGCCAGCAACAUCUGGAUCCUGCCACGGCAUUACCGGCAGAAGCACAGAGCCGGUCUUUGUCCGAUCCGCGACCCUUCUGGGGACUCGCGGGCCAGGAGAACGUGAUGGGAGACAGGAUAGUUGAACAUUUUACCGUGGGCAGCGACCUCACGCAGCAGCUGCUCGGACCAGCAAACGUGGCAUUGAAUACACGCCCCGAGGAAAUCUUCCAUGCGGUUCUGCUAUCCGCUUUUCAUCUCGUCUUUCCAGACCGCGGCGCAAGCCCACCCCUGAUCUUCGUAAAGGCCAUGGCCGAGAGCCGUGGGACGCUGCCAUCGAUCUGUCCGAAACAUCUCAUCGAGAUCCUCCGGUUGGUCAAAGACACGCGCCGCACAAUCCCGCAGAAAGGAUGGGCGUACUUCACCUCGCGGUAUCUGCACCCCGAGGGGCGGGCUCGAUUCGAGACCAAGAGCCCCAUGGAGAUCGUCCUGAAUUAUGCAGGAGAAUAUCAGCAAUUCGAGCGUCGCGAUGCUCUGUUUGUGCCGGACAGCCAUAGUAUUCUUGGGUCGCUCGAUGCCGGGGAUCGGAUCGAGCGACUCGCACUGUUUGAUGUCUCAAUCUCGGUGCAGCGUGGUUGCCUAGCGUUCGAAUUCAUGUACAAUCGCCGGAUGAGCCAUCAGCGGGCAAUCAAGGCAUGGAUCCAGGCCAGUAGGGACGGCCUCGCUCAGGCGUGCAGAGUCUUAGCGGACGCUCCGCCGCAACCCACGCUUUCGGACUUUGCGCUGUUGCAGUUGCCCUACGCAGAAUUUGGCCGGCUGGUCUUUGAGACCUUGCCUGAUCUUGGGGUCCAGACGGACAAUGUGGAGGACAUGUACGUCUGUUCUCCCGUUCAGCGGGGAAUGCUGCUCUCUCAGGCAAAAGACGGCGGCCUCUACAAUGUCCGGGUGACCUGGAAGAUUGAGCCAGCAACAGCACAUGCCAGUGCUGCACAGCGUAUCGAAGACGCAUGGCAACAGGUGGUUGACCGGCAUGCUGUGCUGCGUACUGUCGUGGUUGAAACUGGGUCAUCCGAAUCCUACCUGGUGCAGGUAGUCCUGAAACGCGUCACUCCAGACAUCGCUCACACCGAUCUCCCGGGGCGUGACCGUCAUCCCUGGCCAAAGGGCCGGCCUUUACAUCGAAUGACUCUGGUCAAGACGAACGAGGCCUUUCUAUGCCACAUCCGCAUCAACCACGCCAUGGUGGACGCCACCACAAUGGACAUCAUCUACCGAGAUUUCGAGCUCGCGUAUCACGGCAAGCUGUCGGCCCAUCCGGCUCCUCCGUUCCGGGACGUGAUCUCAUACCUGUGCCAGAAACAGCCCCCGGAGGAGGAGGCCAGAGAGUACUGGACCGCGUAUCUCUCCGGCGUCCAGCCGUGCCACUUUCCGCGCCUCAAUUUCACGAAGCGGCGGCGAUCAGACCGCGAGCACAUCGCGCGCAUACACCUCUCUGCACGCGACAGACUGGAUGCGUUCUGCCGAACUCGCAACGUGUCUACGUGGAGUGUGAUCUGCCUUGCAUGGACGCUUGUCCUGCGGUCGUUCACCUACUCCGACGACGUGUGUUUCGGCUAUGUCAAAUCAGCGCGGGACCUGCCCAUCGAGAAUGUCGAGGAGAUCGCAGGCCCGUUGCUCAAUGUGCUGCCUCUGCUUAUGUCCGUGAGCGAGGGGCUGACAAUCGAUGCGGCUGUCCAGGCGAUCAAGGACGACUACCUUGGCAGUCUUGCGCAUCAGACGUUCGCCUUGUCGGACAUGCACCGCAUUGUCCAAGGGUCGAAUCAGGCGCUGUUCAAUACUAUUGUCGAUGUCCAACGCAGGGACCAGGGGGGUGAGGAGACGGAGACGCCAAGGUCAAUUCGCAAGGUGAGCAAGGAGGAGGUAACAGAGUACGAUCUAGUGCUAUCGGUAGACGCCCUCGGCUCAGAAAUCGACGUUCAGCUGAGAUACAAGACGACUUGUGUUUCCGAGGAGCAGGCGACUAGCAUCCUGGCAACAUUUGAGAAAGCUCUACAAGCCAUAAUCGCCGACGAUCAGAAAUUAGUCCAGCAGAAUGAGCUGUGCAGUGAACAUGACAAAGCCCUGCUCUGGAGCCGGAACAAGACUGUUCCUCGGAGCGUCGAGGCCUGCGUCCAUGACUUGAUAAGCAAGCAUCACGGCGACAGGCCGGCCGUCUGCGCGUGGGACGGCGACUUGACGUAUCGCCAACUCGACCAGAGCUCGUCGCAACUGGCGAUGCAUCUGAGGACGCAGGGUGCCGGCCCAGGCGUCGUUAUUCCACUCUGUUUCUCCAAAUCGCGCUGGACGCCCGUGGCGAUGCUGGCGGUGAUGAAAUCCGGCGCCGCGUUCCUUGUUCUUGACCCGUCGCACCCAUAUCAGCGAUUGACAGAGCUCUGCAGCAAGGUCGAUUACCCUAUGAUCGUUUCUGCGGAGAGCCAUACACAGCUAAGCGCAGAAUUAACCUCCAAUAUCAUAGUCUUGGGCGACAACCACACCUCCUGGCCGUCCGCCGCUCCGCUGCUCCCCCGCGUCCGCCCCAAAGACGUGCUAUAUGUCGUCUUCACCUCGGGAUCAACAGGCAGCCCGAAAGGCGUGGUGAUUGACCACCGCGCCUACUGCACCAGUGCGUCGGCGCAUAUGCCCAUUCUCGGGCUGGACUCGUCUGCCCGGGUGGCCCAGUUUUCGUCGUACGCGUUCGACGUGAGUAUCAUGGACCACCUGACGACGCUGAUUGCGGGCGGGUGCAUCUGCAUCCCGUCCGACUCGCAGCGCCAUGACGACCUGGCGGAGACCAUCAGGCAACUCCGGGUCACACAUGCGGUUCUGGUUCCGUCUGUCGCGCGCCUGCUCCCCGCCGACGGUCUGGACUCGCUGUCCACGUUGGCUAUGGCCGGUGAAAGCAUGACGGGGACGGACGUCGCUCGGUGGGCGGGCAGUGUGCGGCUGAUCAACGCCUACGGGCCGGCAGAGUGCUCGGUCCUGGCCACCGCUCAGGGUUCAGUCAGGUUAGACACCGACCACGCGAACAUAGGGCAUCCGAUGGGGUGCGUGUGCUGGGUUGUCCGCCCUGAGAAUCCGCAGCAGCUGGUGCCGAUCGGUGCCGUGGGAGAACUCGUCGUCGAGGGUCCGAUUGUCGCAAGGGGAUACUUUAACGAUCCUACCAAGUCGGCAGAGGUGUUUGGGCUAUCGCUUCCCUGGCUGGAGCAUCACCGAUCGCCCCAGGACCGUCACGGUGUGUACCGAACCGGUGACUUGGUCAGGAUGCAUUCUGACGGAACGUUGACGUAUGUCGGACGCCGAGACAAUCAGGUCAAGCUUCGAGGGCAGCGGAUUGAGCUGGGCGAGGUGGAGGAGCACAUCCGACAAUGCUGCGCUGGUGCCAGCGAGGUCGUGGCCGAGGUGUUGAUCCCCCCGGGGGCCAGCAACCCGCAGCUUGUGGCCUUUGUAUGGAUAUCAAGCCUUACUCUUGGGAGUGCAGCCGGGGACGUUCUGGCUGGGUUCACGGACGAGUUCCAAGCCUUUGUAACUCACACCGAGACGCGUCUCCGGCAGGCUGUCCCUGCGUUCCUGAUGCCGUCGAUCUUCAUACCUCUAGCCCGAAUUCCGCGCACUGGGUCCGGAAAGAUCGACCGAAGGAGCAUUCGUGACGGCCUUUUGAGUCUCCCGGCUGGUGCGCUUGACCCAAUUCGCCGACGGAAGGCCCCGAAAGUAGAGCCCAGGACGCAUGCAGAGCGACAAUUGCAGAAGAUUUGGGCCGAGGUUCUCCAUCUUCCGCUGGAAGACAUUGGCACCCAGGAUCACUUCUUCCAUCUGGGCGGCGACUCGAUUGAUGCCAUGAAGGUGGCUGCUUUGGCCCGGGGUGACGGACUCGCUGUCGGCGUCAGCGACAUUUUUAACCAGCCGGUGCUGACGCUCCUCGCCAACGUGGCAGCUCCGUUGGCGCAAGGCCCGGUCCGACAGUUUGAGCCGUUCAGUCUGUCGAGGGUGGUGGACGCCGAUCCCCAGGCUCUCUCUGAUAUGAUACUGAGUAAAGGGAUGGUGCCAUCUCCAGUACAGAUCGUCGACGCAUUCCCGGCAACAGAGGUCCAGGAAUUUUUCGUCAGACGGAACACGCUGCACUAUUAUAACUUCCGUCUUCGGGGCAGACUCGAUAUCGAUCGACUCCGUGCCGCGUGCGACGAGGCGAUGUCCCGUUUCAGUAUCCUGCGCACCGUCUUCCUGGACCGCCACGGCAGCUACGAGCAACUGGUCCUUGAAGGGGUUCGUCUACCAUUUGAGCAUUACACUUUUGGCCGGGAUUUCGUCUCCAAAGCUCAAGCCCUGUGGGAAGACGAUCGAUCGCGUUUUGAGAUCGCCCGCGAGCUGCCCGUCCGCUUCAUCCUGGUCUCUGGUUGCGACACGGACCAUCUGUUUACGAUUCGCAUCUCGCACGCGCAGUGGGACGGCGUGUCCAUGCCGCGUCUCUUCCAAGAUCUGGCUGCCGCGUACAAUGGCGUCGCCUUGUCUCCCACCUCGGGCUUCUCAGACGUCAUCUACCAACGAGCCGUGCAGCGAGGCGAGGCCGGGUUCAGCUUCUGGCGAGAAUAUCUGGAUGGAGCUGUGAUGACUAUCCCUUUCCCACUCAACUCGGAGUGCAACGUGCAACCGCAGACUGGUCAAACAUUAUGGCAUGUUCAAGAGACCGCGCUGCCAUCUCUUCCCCCGGGCCCCACCAUGGCCACGCCCGUCAUUGCCGCAUGUGGAUUCCACGUCGCGCGUCUCACGUCCCGCACCGACCUCACCUUCGGCCAAACCGUCAACGGCCGCAGCAUGCCGCUCGAGAAUAUCGACGUGAUCUUAGGGCCCUGCUUGAACUUCAUCCCACUGCGCCUCCGCCUCCACCGCUCCUGGACGGUGCGGGAUCUCCUCCAGCACGUCCAGGACCAGUACGUGCGUCCAUUGCAGUAUGAUUACAUGGAGCUGCGGGAUAUCGUGCAGCAGAGCACGGACUGGGCCGAGGGGACCGAGUUUGGGUUCAUCGUGCAGCAUCAGAAUAUCCAGUUGCAGCAUGAGCUGCCCUUGGAGGGGGAUGUCCAGGUGGAGUAUUCGCUGUUUCCGCAGUUUGAUCCCGUCCAGGAAGUUUUUGUUUUUUCGGAACCGCAUCAGAGUCAUUUGGAGAUGCAGGUCUGUGCGAAUAGUCGGGUUCUGGCUCCGGAUGCUGGCAAGGAGUUGGUCAAGGCCCUUUGCGAGACGCUGGAGUUGUUUGCUGAUAAUCUAGAUAUGGUCCUGCCUCUGCCCCUCUGGUCUUAG